AUGGAAGAAGAAAUUGUCCUGAUUGGCGACGAAUCGUCUAUGACUGUUAUAUCUUCUCCUUUGUUGGAUCGUCCACACUCCGAACGGGACUACGAUGCAUCAAGCUCCAGGGAAGCCGUGCUGGAGAGCGUACAAUGUACGCUACUGCCUUCGAACCCCGAAACUCCUCCAGAUCAUCCUUCUAUUGAGCGCGAGUUGUCGUUUAGACCGAAGCAAGAACACCAGCAUCGGAGCUCUUUCUCUUCUCCAAAAGAACAAAACAACAACUUCUCAUGCUGCCAGUGCCAUUAUGGAAAUUGUUCACCAUUUCAUGCGCAUCCUUCAAAUUGUCAAGGCGGACGAAUGAAAUACACGUCCAAGUCUCCAUUUCCCCCAGAACUGCUUUGGUCGUGCCCACAAUCACCAAGUGAUCCCAGACCGCCAUAUAAAAUGAAUCAGUUUCCACCAAACUUCAACAAUUCUUUAGCACCUCCACCUCCUCCUCCUCCUCCUCCUCCUCCUCCUCCCCCCCCUCCCCCUCCUCCUCCUCCCCCACCCCCGCCACCAGGACUGAUUGUCGGCGAACCCUCGAGGGAUCCAUUUGGCAUUCGGGUGGCAAUGGAUGAUUCAAUUAACCUCUUUGACAGUGUUUCGAGUCCUGCUGGUCUGAUACCCUCGCAAUAUUCUGGUGAUGCAGUCAUUGCGGACCGAGUGGUUCGAAUCGCACCAUUCAGGCGCAAUGUAUUUACUACAACGCAUCCGGCUCAGCCGGCUGACUUCGCGGAAUAUCUGUGGCUUCUCCAAUUUGGGGACGCAGAUAUCUGGUAUGAGCGCCCAGGCCGAUCACUUCUCCGACAAAUGGCAACGCUCGAGUCGUCCGGCUGUGAGCUCGACGAUCUUCCAAAGCUUCCGAACCCCCGACCGGUCAGCUUGGAAACGCCGAGAUUAUGGGCAUCAGCUGCCCUGACAACACCAACGGAUGAUGACAUUCCCAAUUGCACGGUUGGACAUUCCUUAGAAGGGGAUUUGAAAUACACUGCAGGCGGGCGCUGUCAUGGUUGCUUAGAUGAUUCAGACGUCUGUAAUCAAUGCACGGAAGAGAAAUCGGAAGCACUGGAUGGAUGCCCACUUCUCUAUUGUCUGGUCCUCUCGACAUGCCAGGCAAGUGAUCCCUUCAUCCACGGAGCCCACUUCAACGGAAGGCAAAUCUACAAAAUGAUCAAAUGCGGGAGCAGGGAGGCGGCGGCCGCAGAGGCAUUUUACGCUUCUGGUGUCAAUGGAUGGAACGUUGCUUUCUCUUGCGUCCUGCGAGUCGGCGAAACAUGGGACGAACGCACUGGUGCAGCUGAAAGAGUAGGCAAUUUGUGGAACCUCGCAGAGAACGCUAAGAACGAUGAGACUAUUAGGGCGUACUACUAA